AUGAUUUUUGUGAAAUUGGGUGAUACUUCUGUGCUUGAGCGUAACUCGGUCAAACCCUCUCGGAUCAAGAAAGUUGAAGGAUGGGCAUGCUGGGCUGGAGCAGGACAGUCGUUCGUAUGCAUUGGAUUGGGCAACAAUGGAGAGAGCAAUGUGCUCGGCUUGGCCAACUGCACCUUGGGUGCCAGUUUCACGAUCAAGCUUGCCAUCCCAGAUUUCGCAAUGUCGCCACCAGCCAAACUGGAUCCCGGGAGCAAUGUGCUCGGCUUGGCCAACUGCACCUUGGGUGAAAGUUUCACGAUCAAGCUUGCCAAUCCCAGAUUUCGCAAUGUCGCCACCAGCCAAACUGGAUCCCGGGGUCAACCUCUUCGACGACGACGACCAAAAAAUAUUUUUUGGGCUGUUUGCGACAUUGGACGCGAAACUUUCACACAAGGUGCUGUUGGCCAAGCCGAGCCCAUUG